CUACAAGUAAAUGUGAUCUCUCUCUUUGAUAUACAUUUUACAGCCCAUGCUUCUCGAGACAUCGACACACAGAAGGAUUUCAACAUGGCAUCCGCAGUCUCCAACAUCCGCGCCAACAACGGCAACGCUCGAUUCAAUGAAGAAGCUCUUUCCUGGGAUUCACGACCUUUUGUCCACGAAGCAUCCCAAGCAGCCUCGAAAGCCAUAUCCUCCAAGGUUUCUGAUCUUCGGCUGCACAGCCAAGAUUCCCAGACUCCAGGCCUUCAAGUCCUCGAGAUCGGCUGCGGAACAGGAAUUCUCAGCUUUCUCAUGGCCAAAGGCCCCUCAAUUGGUCGAAUCGUUGCCGUCGAUGCCGCGGAGGGAAUGAUCGAAGUGCUAAAGACCAAAUUAUCGAAAGAUCCCGAAGCCGCAACAAAGAUUGUCCCUUUGGCAUUGAUGUUGGAAGAUCCCGAGGAUCCCGCUCUUCCGGAAGGAGAAGAUGGCAGAAGACAGAAAUUCGAUUUAAUCACAAGUCAUCUUGUCCUUCAUCACAUUCCCGAACUCAAAGCGGUGCUGAGAACGAUGUAUGGAUGUUUGGCACCCGGGGGAAGGGUCAUGUUGACGGACUUUGAGGAUUUCGGACCAGAGGCGAAGAGGUUUCAUCCGGCAGGAAAGAUGGACGGAGUGGCAAGGCAUGGAAUUAACGCGAAGGAGAUGGAGGCAAUGUUGAGAGAUGUGGGCUUUGAGGAUGUUGAAGUGAAGGCCGAGUGGACGAUGGAGCAGAAGGUAGAGAAAUUCGAUGGAGAGUUUGCGGAGACGAAAAGUGCGGAGUUUGCAAGAGUGGUAGAGGAGGAGCAGUCUGGUGAGAUCAUGGAGUUUCCAUUUGUGGUUUGUUAUGGGGUGAAAAGGUGA